CGCUGUGUAUUUGUCCGCCACGGCCUCCCUUGCUCGCCCCUGGCUGGGAAGCAUAACGGCGUGGAGGGGAUGGUGUAAGAGGCACGAAGCUGUGAAACCAGCCCCCGGGAAUGUAAAACUUUAGGGACUGAAUUCAGCCACAAGACGCUUCUGUCUGCGCGCCCAAACACUCAGCAUUUAACCUGGUUUCUCAUGGAAGCUGAUGGAUUUGUGAGGAGGCGUCGGAUGACAGCGGAGAGCACAGGCAAUGAUCCCGGGGUUGCUGGUGCAUCUGCCGGGGCAGAAGUUCGAUGGCUGGGGGGCAGAUUCUGGGGAGUUUCGGAAAGUAUCGUGGGGAGCCUGACACCCCGGAUCGGAGGGGAAACGGAGCUACAGACUGUUGAUUUUAUCCGCACUGCACAGGAUGCACAGACAGAGGACUCUGAACCAGACUAUGAGGGUUUGCCACAGGGAGCCUCCACUAGCACCCACAUGUUGGCUGGAGCUGUGGCCGGGAUCAUGGAGCACUGCCUCAUGUUCCCCAUCGACUGUGUCAAGACACGCAUGCAGAGCCUCCAGCCCGACCCUGCGGCCCGUUACAGGAACGUCAUGGACGCUCUUCGCCGAAUUGUAGCCACGGAGGGAGUCUGGCGGCCGAUGAGGGGGCUGAAUGCGACAGCGGUUGGGGCGGGACCUGCCCAUGCCCUGUAUUUUGCCAGCUAUGAGAAACUCAAAAAGACUCUAAGUGAUGUCAUUCACCCAGGGGCUAACAGUCAUUUGGCUAAUGGAACAGCUGGGUGUGUGGCCACUCUGCUUCACGAUGCAGUCAUGAACCCAGCUGAAGUUGUGAAGCAGCGCAUGCAGAUGUAUAACUCGCCCUACCGUGGCGUGAUGGACUGUGUACGCGCCGUGUGGCAUAACGAGGGCCCUGCUGCAUUUUACCGCAGCUACACCACCCAGCUCACCAUGAACGUGCCCUUCCAGGCGCUCCACUUCAUGACCUAUGAGUACCUCCAGGAGCUGCUCAACCCCCACAGACAGUACAAUCCCUCGUCCCACAUGUUGUCCGGAGCUUUGGCCGGAGCCAUUGCGGCUGCAGCCACCACGCCUCUGGACGUCUGCAAGACCCUGCUCAACACCCAGGAGUCUCUAGCCCUCAGCUCCCUGCCUUCUGGCCAAGGCCCCGGCCAGGGCCAAGGCCAAGGAGCCCACAGACACAUCACAGGCCUGGCCCACGCCUUCCGGACAGUUUACAGGCUGGGCGGCCUGAAGGGCUUCUUCAAGGGAGUCCAGGCGAGGGUCAUCUACCAGAUGCCCUCUACAGCCAUCAGCUGGUCGGUCUAUGAGUUCUUUAAAUAUGGACUCACCAAGCACCAGCACGACAAGAGGAGAACACAGCACAUGGAGGCUGAGAUUUAGAUAUCUCCUCUAAUAUUGUUCUGCCCUCCCAGUGAGGACACGCUAAACUCAAUACGCACAUAGAAUCUGACUAAAGUACCCCUCAAUUGUCCCAUCCCUUACAGACAUAGCAGAUCAGAAAGACCUCUUCAUAGCUAUAAUUCAGCGACACUAUUUCAAGACUAGGUUUGGUUUGAGUUAGGUUUUUUCUCCCCUCUAGAAGAAAGCAUCUUCACAGUGUUAUAGAACUUGCGUUAAUUUUGAGGAUUUUUUUUAAGCCAUUCUAGUGACCACUACGUUUGUCUAAGCUGAGGAAAAAUGUCACGAACGCACACGUUUUGAGUCGGAAAGGUAGUCAGCAGAGGGCAGUAGUGUUACUUUGUUAACUCUCUCUUAGUUCCAUGAGCUUUGCUGUCCUAAAACCAGACUUUUAUUUUCACUAAUCCAAUCCCUGGGUUUGCGAAUGGAAAUUAUAACUGACUCCUGAUCUGGCCCCCCUGUCUGAAUAUUUAAAUACACUUUAAAAAAAAAAAAAAAAAAAAAAUCCCACAGUAACCCUAGACAAGAGAAAUUCACUCAAGUUUUGGCUACACAGGCAUUCAGUUCCUUAUCAAAAUGUCUUAUUGAUUUGGUCCAAUUUAAAAGUAUCUCAGCUGUUUGGAAUCAAAAGCAAACUGACCCUUACGCACAUUAAUUUUCUGCAUGAAUCAGUACCCAGAUACCCUUUGUCGAAAUGUAAUGGAGCCCUUUCAACAUUGCAAGUAAAAGUUGACAGCAAAAGUUAAAGUCCAUCUCUUUGAUACACUUUAACUUCAUCUGAUUAGUCGAACUGUGUAAUUUAAAAUGGAGUCCAGCAGUAUUUUAUGGUUUCACUGGUUACCAAAAAGACCAUAGACCAGAUUUGGGUUUCCCUUUUUUUUUGCUACUGACUUCUAUAUUUGUUUCUCUUAACAGAAAAUACAAAUAUCCAGUCUCUCUGGGGUAUCUGAAGAGUGUGUUUAAUUUAUUUUUAAUAAUCUAGAUUCCUUAAAUUAUAUUUUAUUUCCAGCAAAUACAUUACUUCAAACAUUCUCUUUUGUUUUCACCUGUUCAUGCGUUUAAUUCACCCUCGGAUCAUCCAAAUACUCACCAUUAAUGCCUUGUGUAGGUGUUUGGCAGAGCAGACCAGGGCAGCAUUAAGACAUAUCUGUGCAUUAACUGUAGCUAUCAGCCUGUUUUCAGCUUGUGAACUACUGAGUUUUAAUAUCCGUGCUUGAUGGCAAAGGUUGUGUACGUUGUACUUGCCCAGAAGGAGAUCAGUAUCCCACAAGAUGUAUCUGUACGCCCAUUGAGUACACAUAAAUGGAAGCUGUCAUUCUCAUCGAUUGAUGUCUGAUUGUUUCCGACACUGAAUUGCACUCGUUGAAUAAAGACUGAGCAGCGGGGCUCUCCUCGCUGCUCGUAAAUGA